UAAGUAAAAAUUAGUGAGCAUGAUCUCCCUAAAACCAUUUGUCUCCGUUCCACCACCUCCCACUUUCUCACUCACUAAAAAAAAUGUGGUUGUUGAAAAUCUCCAACCAAAUCAACGAAACACAUAUUAUCAACUACAAACUACUAUUAUCAAUUGAACAAUCAAUAGUGUAUUUCAUAUCAAUUGAUCGGUAUCAUAUAUAUCAUCCAAGUUAUCUCUAUCAUUCACAAUGGAGAAAAUUGAUUUAUCAACCAACGCCAGAAAGAUUCAAGAAUCUUACGAUAAGGUUGUAAGAGGUGAUCCUUCUACUACUUACGCAGUUUAUAGUGUCAACAAAGAUUCAUCUUUAGAAGUCAGUGAAACUGGUAAUGGAUCAUUAGAUGAAUUUGUCGAAAGCUUCACUGAUGGUCAAAUCCAAUUCGGUAUAGCAAGAGUUGUUGUGCCAGGUUCCGAUGUUUCUAAGAAUUUAUUAUUAGGUUGGUGUCCUGAUAAUUCCCCUGCUAAAUCAAGAUUAUCAUUUGCAUCCAAUUUUGCUGAUGUUUCCAAAGUUUUAAGUGGUUAUCAUGUUCAAAUCACCGCUAGAGAUCAAGAUGAUUUGGAUGUUGAUGAUUUCCUUCAUAGGGUUGGUGCUGCUGCUGGUGCCAGAUAUUCAAUUCAAACUAGUGGAUCAACUGUUGUCAAACCACCAGUUUCAAAACCAAUCAUAGCUAAAUCAACUCCAAAACCAGUUCCUGCUGCUUCUAGUACUCCAUCAUUCAUUCCAAAAUCAACUGGUAAACCAGUUAUUGCCACUAAACCAAAACCAAUCAUUGCUUCUAAACCAAAAGUUACCGAUGAUGGUUGGGGUGAUGAAAAAGAUGUUGAAGUUAGAGAUUUUGAUCAAAAACCAUUAGAUAAUGUUCCAUCUGCUUAUAAACCAACCAAAGUUGAUAUUAAUCAUUUAAGAUCUCAAAAAUCGGAUACUAUUUCAUCUACUCCAAAACCUUUCAAACCAGUAGAGUCCAAACCAAAGGAUGAUGAAGAUAAUGAACCAAAGAGUUUGGCUGAUAGAAUCUCUUCUUAUAAAGUAAAUGAAUCAGAAAGAUUAACGGAAUUACCAAAACCAAAAGUAAGUCAUUCUGUUGCUGCUCGUUACGCUCCAUCUGAAUCAACUCCAGCUGUUUCGGCUCCUAAAUUCGGUGCUGUUCCAGGUCAAGUUAAUAAUGAUAGAAAGGAUAAAGUUAUUGGGGGAUUAUCUAGAAAUUUCGCUUCUGAAAAUGGUAAAACUCCAGCUCAAAUCUGGGCUGAAAAGAAAGGUAAAUAUAAGACUGUUCCAGUUGAUGAUGAACCAGUAAAGAGUGAAGAACCUGAAUUAGCUCAAGAAUUUGAAGAAAAGGCAGUCAUUAAGGAAGAACCAGUUAUAAUUAAACCUAGUUUCGGUGCUCCACCAAGAAGAACUUUACCACCUGUUCAAGCUGCAAAAGAACCAGAACCUGAAGAAGAAGAAGAGGAAGAAGAACAAGAAGAGACAACUCCAUCUUUACCAGUUAGACAAGCUGUUCCAGAACCUGAAGAAGAGGAAGAAGAAGAAGAACCAACCCCAAGCUUACCAGUACGUAGCUUACCACCAGCUCCAGUCAAAGCCGAAGAACCAAUUCCUGUAUUGCCUUCAAGAACUGCUGCAGCUGCUCCUACUCCAGCAAAGAAAGAAUCAAUCACUGCUACUGCUGAAUAUGAUUAUGUUAAAGAUGAAGAUAAUGAAAUUGGUUUUGAUGAUGGUGAUUUAAUCAUUGAAAUAGAAUUCACUGAUGAUGAUUGGUGGACUGGUAAACACUCUAAGACUGGUGAAGUUGGUUUAUUCCCAGCUGCUUAUGUUAAAUUAAACACCAAUGGAGCUCCAGCUGCUGCUGCUGAAAAAGAAGAAGAGGAAGAAGAAGAAGUUGCUCCACCACCACCAGCUAGAGCCGAACCAGUUGUUGCUGCUGAACCAAAAUCAUCUAAACCAACUGCUGUUGCUGAAUAUGACUAUGAAAGAGAUGAAGAUAAUGAAAUUGAAUUUAAAGAAGGUGAUUUGAUUGUUGAAAUUGAAUUCAUUGAUGAAGAUUGGUGGUCUGGAAAACAUUCAACUUCAGGUGAAAGUGGUUUAUUCCCUGCCAAUUACGUCAAAUUAAGCGAAUAGGUUUAACUUUCCAUUUGCUACUGUUGUUGCUGUUUAUUAUUAUGAUUUAAAAAAAAUUCUACGAUUAAAAGAACUGAAAAUUUAAAA